AUGGCCCGACGAAGGGCGCCGCGUCUCCUCCCAUCUGACAACGGCACAAAGCAAACCGCGCGCAAGAGUACCGGUGGCAAGGCUCCGCGUAAGCAGCUUGCUACCAAGGCUGCUCGCAAGAGUGCCCCUGCCACAGGCGGGGUUAAGAAGCCUCAUAGAUAUCGCCCUGGUACCGUGGCCCUGCGUGAAAUUCGCCGUUACCAGAAAUCGACCGAACUUCUGAUCCGCAAGCUUCCCUUUCAGCGCCUGGUGAGAGAAAUCGCUCAGGACUUCAAGACGGACCUCCGUUUCCAGAGUUCUGCCGUGAUGGCCCUUCAGGAAGCUAGCGAGGCCUACCUGGUUGGCCUUUUCGAAGACACCAACCUGUGCGCCAUCCACGCCAAGCGCGUCACCAUCAUGCCAAAGGACAUCCAGCUGGCUCGGCGCAUUCGCGGAGAGCGCGCUUAAAGUUGGGCUGCUCCCUGCGCUUCGGUCGACAGGCAAGCGUCAACAAACGGUCCUUCUCAGGACCACCAA